CACUUUCUCCGCCGUCGUCCAUGAUGUCUUCGCAACGUCACGCGGCCUACGGUUGAUGUGUGUGCGUGCGUCGUGUGCGAAAAGUGGUGUGACAAAUAAGUUGUCGAAGAAGCUCGCAUGCCCGCUUAAGUUCAAGGCACUGCCAACGUCGCGAUCAUGACUUUCAUCACGUCGUGGGAGGAAUUCUCGAAGGCCGCCGAGAGGCUUUACCUCGCCGAUCCCAUGAAGGUUAGGUUCAUUCUGAAGUACAGGCACUGUGACGGCAAGCUCCAAGUCAAAGUGACAGACAAUCAAGUGUGCCUUCAAUAUCUGACGGAACACUCGCAAGACGUCAAGAGGAUAGAGAAGUUAACCAACCUGCUGAUGAGGCACAUGGCGUCGAAGGAGCGAUGACUGCGCAGCCUUCCUUUGUGCCUUUUCUGUGCUCUGUACAUUGCUCCAUGCCUACGGACUGUUGUUUCGGGGAGACUCUUGUUAACGUCUUUGCCGAGGUGGCCGUACACUUCUUUUACAGGGUGAUGGCAGUUCUUCGCUCGACUGUGCAAUGAAUGCCGCGCCCGGUUGCAGCGCGAGUGGUUCGUCGUGCUCGCUUGGAGUCUUGGGCGAGUGAGUGAUGUGCGAAACAGCUUUAAAAAAGCGCUGCCCGGCCGCGCCGUCUCUCAAAAGAACUGUUCCGCGAGUACAGCGAUGCGUAGCCGCAUUCCGGUGAAGGUCCCUCGCGGGCUGUACGCCUUUGCUCGAAUCGAGCAAUUUUGGGUUUGCGUGAAAGGUCGUCGACGUGUUUGGGCAGAGGUAAUGGAACCAAGUGGCCAGAGAGACAUACAGCAACAGUUAGAAAAUGAAUUAGGUGCCAGCAAGGCAUACAUGACAUUGCGUGCACUAGAUUGUGUGCCGCAAGUAUGUUUUGUGGAGAUAUUGGCCUAAAACACAUUGUGCCUAAGUAAAGGACAUUGAGAAUAGUUCUGGAAUAGUUCUAAACAGAAUUGUGCGUACAUGGUGUGGCAGCCAAGUCAGAUGCAGUGCCCUAUACGAAUAGCUUGCUUACAAGAAUUUAAGGUAGAGGGUCUAGAAAGGCCUUAGCUGCUCGGUUCAAGGUGACAAGAUUACACAGGCUGCUGUGUCAGUAGAGUGAAAGUUUUCACUGGCCAGAAUACUAGACAUGCAUUUGCAUAAGUCAAACUUGGCUGCUUGUUUUAAAAGAAACUCCAGUGUUUAUUCCACAUUUCCAAGGAUCAAAAAAGCCUUCUAAAAAAUUGUUUACUUAUACUCUGCCCAGCUGUAUUUUCAUUUAUUGCACAAAUACCUGCUGCCCAAAUUGGUUGCAUGUUUCGUCUCACUGACAUUAAACUCUUCAACGAAUAAAAUGGUGUACAUUCUUGCACUA